GACUUCCGAGCCUUCUGAGAAGGCCCGCCCCUUCUCACUCCCCCCCGGGCUCGCCGCCGAGUCAUCGUCGUCAUCUUCGUGCUCCGUGUGCAUGGGCCCGAGCACUCUACGCAUAGCCACCCACCCCGCCCACCUACAGCCUACGUAUCACACACUUUUUUUAGUCCACCGGCCGCGGGCCGCCAGAGGCGAUAUGCGGUGCUCCGUGCGGGCCCUCGUCCUGCUCUGCUGCUGCGCCGACCGGCGCGCCACCGCCCUCUCCGCCAGGAGCUCGGACCUCGACCAGGAGCGCAGCAGUCUCUUCGACGGCGGCAGCGCCGACAGCAACUCCAGCACCCUCGCCGCCCGCGGGGCCACGCCAGCCGCCUCGUGGACCAGUCUGGGCUCGGGAGACUGUCUCACCUCCUCGGGGGUGACCCCCCUGCGCUACUACAACGGCGCUGCGGGAGGCGCCAUGAGCGACGACGAGUGCAAGGCUGCCUGCGAGGGGUUCUCGUGGUGCGAGGCGCUUUCACGGAACCAUCACCAGGUGUGUGGAGGUAAGUGUUGCGUUCUGUACGUCGGUUACGACGGCCCCGAUCCAGGGGUCAUUUCCGGUUGGGGCCAGCAGUUGGUUGGCAACCCCACGAACAUCGGGGAUACGACGGCGGGGGGUUCAUUACCAGUGGGCUGCACCAGGAUCACCCGCCCGGUGUCUGCUUCCGCAGUUGGAGAUCCGCAUCUGCAAAACAUCUACGGACAGCGCUUCGACCUGAUGAAGACAGGCAGGCACGUUCUCAUCAACGUCCCAAAGGGAAACGUUGAGAACACGCUGCUUCGAGUAGACGCAGACGCGGAGAGGUUGGGUGGACAGUGUGCUGACAUAUAUCAAAACAGCGAAUCCUUGCAAGACAGCCCUGUGGCAUUCUGCCACGACGCGACCUGCACAAGGCACGGUGGCGGACUUCCAAGAACUGAACGUCACAGGGGCAUGGGCGGAGGCUAAACGCCCCGGCGGUUUUCGCUUCCACGCGCAGGGCGGUGGCGGUGAGCGCCCUCAGUGGCUCAGUCUGGGGAACGUUCAGUUGAAAGUCGCCCAUGGGCGCACGCCCGAAGGCACCUGUUUUUUGAACUUUUACGUCAAGAACCUGGUGCGCGCAGGGUUUCCCGUCGGAGGCUUGCUAGGCGAGGACGAGCACGGCGCAGAGCAGAUUCCUCCGGAGGAUUGCCACAGG